AUGGCCCUUGUCGCCCAACUGCCAAAUGCGGGCCUCCUGAAGAAAGUCGCGGACGCAAUGAAGGACUUGUGCAAAGACGUCAACUUCGACUGCUCUGAAAAGGGCAUCCAGGUGCAGUCAAUGGACAGCUCCCAUGUGGCUCUGGUGUCCUUGAACUUGAAGGAGUCGGCUUUCACGGAGUUCAAGUGCGAGCGACCAGCAUCCUUGGGAAUGAACGUGGACUCCUUGACGAAGAUCUUGAAGAUGACGAGCCCAAACGACACCCUCAAGAUCAGACAUCAGGUGGAUUCCGAUGUAGUGGGCUUCCAGUGCGAGGGCUCAGAUGACAGGAUCUCUGAGUUCGAGCUGAAACUGAUGCAGAUUGAAAGUGAGCACAUGGAGAUUCCGGAGCAGCACUACAAGGUUGUCGCCAAGAUGCCCUCAUCCGAGUUUCAGAAAAUCUGCCGAGACCUGAAGGAGUUCGGGGAGACUCUUGCGCUGAGCGGCAGCAAGGAGGGCUUGAAGUUUCAGGUGAAAGGCGACAUCGGCAGCGGCAACGUGCUGCUGAAGCCUCGGGAGAGCGACAAGCCCGAGGAGAAAGUCAGCCUCACCAUCCACGAGCCAGUGAAUGCCACCUUCGCGCUACGCUAUCUGGUAAACUUUGCGAAGGCCUGGUCAUGUGAUGGUAAGGGGAUGUAA